UUAAGCCAAUUAAAAAAAAAUCCCAUUCAAAUAAACAAUUCGAAAAAGCUUUCUGUGGACUUCAUUGAUUGGUUCAUGUAACUGUCACUCAUUUUCUCUCAUCCAAUCCUGGAGAGAGGCGGCAUCUUGUUGCCUGGCAGCAACAGGCCCAAACAACGACAGAUUGUGAAAACUUUCCUUUUUUUGUCAAACUCGAGCCACAUGUAAAUCACAGGCCUACGAUCAUCUCAAGGAGGACUUGCUGUUUUAAUAUUAAAAGCGGUUGUGUUGUAAGUAAGUCUCACAGAAAUUGCGGUGGAAAGAAAGGGAGGAGCUGCGCUAAAAAAAAAAAAAAAAAAAGAAAAGUGUUGAAGUUUCCAGAAGUUGAUGUCAGUGUAACUGGAUUCCUCUAGUCUGGAAAUUUUGAAGAACAACUGGGAAAAAGAUGGCUGAACCCGGACUGGAAAACUGCUUUUAUUCACACCCAGAAACGCUUGACUGAAGUUCCCAACAAAUUUCAGAGGGAAACAUGUUCCUGUCAAGACAUCAAUACAUUCAGACGAAGAUUUCGUGUUCGGAUGUUGUAGCAGUGUUUUUUUUUCCCCAAAUCUUUUUAGUUUGCACCUCUUGUAAAUUGGCACACAUCGCAUAAGAACGUAAUAACAUGAAAUACAUAAUUGAUAUACAGUUAUAUUGAAUCGCACAAUGAGCUCCAGUCGCGUCCGGCCUCAAGCACCGCAGACCCAGGCGGCAUCUGCAGCAUCACCACCGCCUCAUGAAGGGAUUGAGAUGGAAAAAAUGCAACAUGACGAAGUGGUCCUGGGAGUGCCCGAUGAAACCCCCUCUCCACCUACCUCCAGCUCCAGGCAGGCAUGGAGCCGAGAUAACCCGGGCUUCGAGCCGGAGGAGGGGAUGAUGGAGGCGGACUGGCCGCCGGCGAGCCCGGACCGGAGAUCUGUGUCUACGGCCUCCAGCGGCAGCGGCAGCUUCACUGGCAUCAGUGCACGAAUCAACAGAGGACCGCAGGAUGAACACCGCAGCUGCGGGAAGAGGACACUGCAAAAAAUGAGGGUACUGUGGGAUACUCGUCUUUUGGGCCACAGCAACAGUAACAGGGAGAUGUUCCUGAAAACUGUCCUCAGAGAGAUGAUCACCUACUUCCUCUUUCUCAUCACACUCUGCAUAUUAACCUAUGGAAUGGUGAGCACCAACAUGUACUACUACACCAAAGUCAUGUCCCAACUCUUCGUGGAUGUGCCAUUAACAAAUGGACAACCAACAACCUUCAAGACACUUUUAACAAUGGAGGACUUCUGGAAAUUUACAGAAGGGCCUUUUCUUAAUGGCAUGUACUGGGAGUUCUGGUACAACAAUAAGAGCCUCCCAGAAAACCAGAGUCUGAUCUACUAUGAAAACCUUCUGUUGGGCGUCCCACGUCUCCGGCAGCUCAGAGUGCACAAUGAGUCCUGCGCUGUCCACGAAGACCUACACGAUGAAGUUUACGACUGCUUUAACAUCUAUUCUCCUGCCAAUGAGGACAAGGCACCCUACGGACUUAAAAAUGGGACAGCGUGGGUGUACUCAGGGGAGAGCAGCCUGGGUGAGAGCAGUUACUCGGGGCAAGUGUCGACUUAUGGGGGUGGAGGUUACUACCAGGAUCUGUCCCGUACUCAAGAGAAGUCAGCCAAUCAGCUGCGGGAGUUAAAAAACAACCACUGGCUGGACCGUGGCACAAGAGCCGUGUUCCUGGACUUCUCCAUCUACAAUGGCAACAUUAAUCUGUUUUGUAUCAUCAGAUUGCUAGUGGAGUUUCCAGCCACAGGGGGCGUUGUGACAUCAUGGCAGUUCCAGACUGUGCGGCUAAUCCGCUACAUAUCCAGCUGGGACUAUUUUGUGGGCUUCUGUGAAGUGGUCUUCUGCCUCUUUGUGCUGUAUUACUUGGUAGAAGAAGUUCUAGAGAUCCGUCUGAAUCGCUUGCACUACUUCAAGAGCCUGUGGAACUGCUUGGAUGUACUCAUUGUUACGCUCAGUGUUCCAGCCAUCAUCAUAAACAUCUGCAGAACAUCAGCGGUCAGUCACAGACUUCACUUCCUGCUGGAGAACCACAGCACAUACCCAAACUUUGAGCCCCUGGCUCGCCUCCAAGUUCACUUUAACAAUAUAGCUGCUGUCAUUGUCUUCCUCUCAUGGUUCAAGCUUUUUAAGUUUAUUAACUUCAAUAAGACCAUGAAUCAGCUGUCCACCACCAUGUCGCACUGUGCUAAGGACCUGAUGGGCUUCGCCAUAAUGUUCUUCAUUGUGUUCCUUGCCUAUGCUCAGCUGGCAUAUUUAGUGUUUGGAACUCAAGUCAAUGACUUCAGCACCUUUCAGGCCUGCAUUUUCACCCAGUUUCGGAUCAUUUUGGGUGAUUUUGACUUCUCAGAGAUUGAGGAGGCCGACAGAGUGUUGGGACCCAUUUACUUCACCACCUUUGUGUUCUUCAUCUUCAUGAUUCUACUGAAUAUGUUCCUGGCCAUCAUUAAUGACACUUACUCUGAGGUGAAAGCUGAUAUGGCCCAGCAGAGGUCAGAGAUGGAGAUAACAGACCUGAUCAAGAAGGGCUAUAACAGGGCAAUGGUAAAACUCAAGCUGAAGAAGACCUCCGUCAAUAAUAUCCCAGACAGCUUACACAUGGCUGGGGGCAAACUCAACUUUGAUGAACUCCGGCAAGACCUCAGAGGAAAGGGCCAUUCAGACGCUGAAAUUGAAGCUAUCUUUGCCAAGUAUGACCUUGAUGGAGAUCAGGAACUGACUGAGAAUGAACAUCAACAGAUGAGAGAUGACCUGGAGAAAGAGAGAGAGGACUUGGAUCUGGAGCACAGUUCACUACCCAGACCAGUGAGUGGGCGGAGCUUCUCCGGCAGUCAGGACGACUCCGAGGAGGACGAUGAUGAGGACAGUGGACACAGCUCUCGUCGCCGUGGCAGCAGCUCUGGAGGCGUGUCAUAUGAGGAGUUCCAAGUGCUUGUGCGUAGAGUGGAUCGCAUGGAGCAUUCUAUUGGCAGCAUUGUUUCAAAGAUAGAUGCUGUUAUUGUGAAGUUAGAGGCCAUGGAGAGAGCCAAGAUGAAGAGGAGAGAUGUGCUUGGACGAAUCCUGGAUGGAGCCAUGGAGGAUGAGAGGAUGGGCAGAGAUCCUGAGCUGCAUCGAGAGCAACUGGACAGGCUCGUGAGAGAAGAGCUGGAGCACUGGGAGUCUGAUGACACAAUAUCUCAGGUCAGCCACCACCAGGCCACGCCCAUUGCUGUAGCUGUGCAGCUCCGCCCACGCAGUUCCCGCCCACCCUCAUCGCUGUCCAAUGAGGGCCCGAAUGGUGCAGCCAAUGGAGCCGCCCACGUUUGAGGGGUUUCAGUUUUAUAAACAUUCCUAUAAAUCAUGUAUUUCAGUGUUCCACAGUUUGUUCUCCAGUGACGUCUGAUGCAGUGGGCAAAAUGUACAUGGUAAAAUUUCUGAAGGUUAGAAGCAAUAUUUCACGGUUGACCAUUGUUCCACAGGGCCACAGCUGUAGAAUUAAAUAGUCCUACACAAAAGCUAUUUAUUUGUGUUUCUUUAUAUUAAAGUAAAUCGGGGCUUUUUGUCUGUAGCCAACCUAUGCUUUAUAAUGCAAGUAUGAAGAUCAAUUGAAGUGUUUGUCCAUAAGCUGACAGGAAGUUCUAAUACCUCAGAUUUCUAUUGCAUUUCUUUAAGUAUUUUUGUCUUAUUUUCUGGUAAAAAUAUCUAAACAUCCUUAAAAAAAACUUGAGAAAUCCUGAGUAAACAUUUUGUGGGGUUUAAAUAAACGUAUUUUCCCUUUGAAUCAGGUGACAAAUAGUUUUUCUUAUGUCGCAAGCAUAAAUGUUAUACAAAAAAACAUUUGCUUUUCAAGUAAAUAUAGUAUAUCUUGUUUUAAGACAAAAAUACUCAACCUAGUCUCAAAGAAUGAACGUUACUAUAACUAUAUUAAAGUCAGUUUGACUUUUAUGUGGCGUGAUCUACGUUUCGUCACAGUUUUCUGGUGAAAUGAAUAAUAAAGGUGAUACAACAACUGUACGUUUGAUAUACUUUCACAUAAAUCCCAAGUAAAACGGUUGAUUACGACUUUGUAAAAAAAUGUCACACUAUUACCCACACACUGAUACGUCAUGAUAUCGAAAAACUUUUACCAUAAUGCAUCAUUUGAAAAAAUGACACAUUUGAACAGACCCAACUACAUUUACACACUUAAUUUGGGUGGUACCUCACCUCAUAGAGUUUUGGACUUGGCAGACUGAGGAUCGAGCCCAGCCAAGCUGAAAAGUGAUGCCAAAGUGUCAUAGAAGUGACAUGAUAGUACAUGGUUGCUUAAAAAAAUUGUUUUACAUUUCUCAUUUUGGUUUACUACACUAUCGGUUAGGUUUAUGUGUUGGUUAAGGGUAUGUCUGUUCUCCUCUCAUUUGCUUUUAGGACACUAUCGGUUAGGUUUAUGUGUUGGUUAAGGGUAUGUCUGUUCACCUCUCAUUUCCUUUUAUGUCACUAUCGGUUAGGUUUAUGUGUUGGUUAAGGGUAUGUCUGUUCUCCUCUCAUUUGCUUUUAGGACACUAUCGGUUAGGUUUAUGUGUUGGUUAAGGGUAUGUCUGUUCACCUCUCAUUUGCUUUUAGGACACUAUCGGUUAGGUUUAUGUGUUGGUUAAGGGUAUGUCUGUUCACCUCUCAUUU